AUGCUGGAAACGUCUGGAACCAAGUCACUGUCGGCCAAGAAUCAGCGAGCUAUAACAAUACCUCAUACUACAACACUCUUCAGCUUUGGUGGCCUUUUCAACGACGUUGUGGGUGAUUUUGAAAACUGGGCUGGCAAGAUUGGUGAUACUAUUGGAUCUGUUGCUGGAGAUGUCUGGAACUGGAUGAAGCACAAUGCAGAGGCUUUGGGACAGCUUGUCAAAGAUGCCGCGACUGGAACUCUGCACUUCUUUGCAAAGAUCGGCGAGAGCGUGUAUCAUGCUGUUCUAGAUACGGUGCAUGCUAUUGUUGGUGCUGCAGAGUGGGUUUACACAAAGAUCAAGACUGGUAUCAAAGAUCUACUGGCAUUUCUUGAGAUGUUGUUUGGGUGGGAUGAUAUCCGCCGGAGCAAGGAUGUCAUACAUAACGCAUUCAAGCUGUGGAUGCAGCACGAGGUGGACUAUCUCCCAAAGGCCAAGGACGCUUUGGAUAACAACAUUGAUACUUUCAAACAGAGUCUCACGGAAUGGACUCAAAACACUGACCUAUCUGCCUGGGGCGGUCUUUCUGAGAACUCAACGAGUCAAAACGUUGAGAACCCAAACAAAGACCAGACUCCAGGCUCCAAGCUCUUCGCCACCCACUAUCAGAAUCAUGCAAACGACGUUCAGUACAUUGGAGACUGUCCAGAAGUGGGCUCAGUGGAAGACCUCAUAAAUGAUCUGCUAGGCGUCAUUUCCGCAGAGGGUGCUGUCCUCGACGAUACCUUCAACCAACUAACCACACUCGCCAAAGACUUGUCAAAUCUCAGUGUGCAAGAAGUUCUCAAAAGUAUGACUGCCAUAUUACUCGGUGCAGCCUUUUCUAGCGUUCAGGUUGUAGUUGACGCACUCCUGAACGUCCUCUACAAAGUGUCCGAAACUGUCCUGUCCAUCCUCGAUGCACCAAUUCGAGUUCCGAUCAUCUCUGACAUUCUCGAUGCCGUGGUGCCCAACUUCAAAAUGCUCUCCUUUCUGGACCUCAUCUGCUGGAUUGCUGCUAUGGGGUUCACAGUAGUGCACAAGAUCGUCGAGGGGUCUGCACCAUUCCCGAAAGGCAACGAGUACGUACAGGACAUUGUCUCCGCAGAGACAUGGGAGCAGCUGGAGGAUGCGUGCCAGAAAGCGGACUUGUCUUUCCAGAAGACCUUUUUUAAAGCCACUCACUCCAUUGCUGCCUUCCUUGCUUUGGUUGGCAACCCCAUAUCUUCAGCCGAGGCCAUGUCUGAGGCUGGUUCACUCGGUAUGCUUUCCAAGGGUGCCACCAUCAUAAAGGUGGUUGCCUCAGGAUGUCAAACGAUCGGGGAUCUUCUCGUCCCUCGAUACCCAGUGAAGAACGAAGUCGUCAAGAUAAUUUCCCAUGUGACGACAUGCCUCGGAAUUCUGACGUCCAUCAUAUUCUCAAGUACGGUUCAGUCGAAACUCAAGGCCAAGAUGAUCAGCCGUUUAAGCGUGGCAAACCCUCGCGGUGUAGGGGCCAUAGUUCAUGUCAUUCUUGUUGUUCCUCACCUGGCUGUUACUGGGUGGCAUUUCUACGAACUUACCAAAGAUAGCACUGGAGCAACUCUUACAGCCGCUAUACUCGGUGAGGUUUCUUCCCUGGCCUCAUGCGCGUCCAAGAUCUCUUAUGCUGUGGCUGUCAAUGAUGAAGAUCCCGACAGUCGCCUUGUAGCUGUUACGGCCAAAGCAGCAUGUGAUGAUCUAUAUUCGGGAUUGCAGGUUGCAGAAAGCAUUGCUGGCUUUUCUUGA